CGAAACUAACCAGUCGUUGAUCUGGGCGCUGUGUAAUGGUACAUAAUAAAUAUGGCAGAAGCCAAUGUAGCUUUAGCUCAGGAUCAGUUUUGUUGUUCAAUCUGUCUGGAUCUACUGAAGGAUGCAGUGACUAUUCCCUGUGGACACAGUUACUGUAUGAGCUGUAUUACAGACUGCUGGGAUCAGGAUGAUCAGAAGAGAGUCUACAGCUGCCCUCAGUGCAGACAGACUUUCACUCCAAGACCUGUUUUAGGUAAAAACACAAUGCUGGCUGAAGUGGUGGAGAAACUCAAGAACACUAAACUACAAGCUGCUCGUCCUGAUCUCUGUUAUGCUGAACCUGGAGAUGUGGAGUGUGACGUAUGUACUGAGAGAAAACACAAAGCUGUCAAAUCCUGUCUGGUGUGUCUCAGCUCUUACUGUCAAAAUCAUCUCGAACAACAUGAGAAUUUAUUCAAAGGCAAGAAGCACAAGCUGAUAGAACCCACAGGGCGACUUCAGGAGAUGAUCUGCCCUCAACACGAGAAACUUUUAGAGAUUUACUGUCGUACUGAUCAGCAUUGUAUAUGUCUUCUGUGUAUGGUGGGCAAGCACAAAAAACACAAUACAGUAUCAACUGAAGAAGAGCGGACUAAGAAACAGAAACAAUUGACGGAGACACAAAGACAAUACCAGCAGAGAAUCCAGGAGAGACAGAAGGAGCUUCAGGAGUUGAGAGAGGCUGUGGAGACUCAUAAGCGCUCUGCUCUGGCAGCAGUGAAGGGCAAUGAGACGAUCUUUACUGAACUGAUCCACUACAUUGAGAAAAGUCGCUCUGAGGUGAUAAAGCUGAUCAGAGAUCAGGAAAAGUCUGCAGUGAGUCGAGCUGAAGAACUCUUGAAGCAUCUGGAGCAGGAGAUUGAUGAUCUGAAGAGGAGAGACACUGAGCUGGAGCAGCUUUCACACACAGAUGAUCACAUUCAUUUCCUCCAGAGUUUCCAGUCCAUCUGUGUUCCUCCUGGAUCUACAGACUCACUCAACAUCACUUCAGUCAGUUCUCUCCUCUCUUUUGAUGAUGUAGGAAAAUCCAUGUCUCUUCUGAAAGAGAAUCUGGAGAAUUUCUGCAGAGAAAAGAUAGAAAAUCUAUCUGUUAAAGUGAAACACAAAGAGAUAUUCAGGUACGAACCAAAGACCAGAAAGGAUUUCCUCCAAUACUCCCACCAGCUGACAAUGGAUCCAAACACACCACAUAAACACCUCUGUCUGUCUAAUGGGAACACAAUUAUUAUUCACACUGGGAUAGACCAGUCGUAUCCUGAUCAUCCAGACAGAUUUGAUGGUACAGCUCAAGUGUUGAGUAGAGAGAGUGUGAGUGGACGAAGUUACUGGGAGUUUGAGUGGAGUAGUAAUGUUGGUAUAUCAGUGUCAUAUAAGAGCAUCAGCAGGAAAGGAACGGAUAAUAAUUGUAGGUUUGGACAUAAUGUUCAGUCCUGGUGUUUAUACUGCUCUGAAUAUAGCUACUCAUUCUAUCACAAUCAUAAAAACACUCAACUCUGUGUAGUGCCCGGAUGUUCCAGAAUAGGGAUGUAUGUUGAUCACAGUGCAGGAAUUCUGUCGUUCUACAGUGUCUCUGACACAAUGACUCUCAUACACAGUGUCCAGACCAAAUUCACUCAGCCUCUCUAUCCUGGGCUUUGGGUUCAUGGAUCAGUUUUGGAUAAAAUCGUAUCAAGAGUAAAAUUGUGUGAUGUAACAAAUAUUGCUACAUAAAAAUCUAAUUUUUAAAAGUGAUAUAGUUGUCACAGGGUCUCAACAAUAAAUGACUUUCUAAUUUGCAUAUUUCAAUUUAUAGAGACAGUCCCCAGGAAAUUAUGACAGGUUUUGGAUUCCCAGUCAACAGGUUUAAACUUGGAAUUAUAAACCCAAAUCUUUAACUAGGCUAUACAAGCCCUUAAUGAAACAUGUCCGAUAUGAUUUAACAUCUUCAAUUUAGAUUAAUCAAAUGAUUGAUGACAUAUUCGAUUGAAAUCAAAAGGUAUGUAUAAAAAAUGUUUGACACUAAAAAUAUCAUGUGUGAACAUUUUGGUACAAAAUUGUGUUUGGGUGAUUGUGUUAUAUGUGAAUAGGCUUGUUUCCUCGUAAAAAAUAUAUGAAUUAUGUUGCAGUUUGAUGCAGGUCAUAUAAUUCCCACAUGACUGUCACUAGUAAUGAAACUUGCUUCACAUUAAAAAGAAAAUGUUAUGGAGACCUUAUAGUAAUAGAAUAGAAAAUAUAGUAAUUGUACAGAUAAUAUUGCCAUACAACAAGUUUGAGCAUCCAAUAUAAUUAAACAAUUUAAAUAAAGUGUUUAUAAAUUGUAAAUAAAAUGAGAAAAACCUACCUGAA